AUGUUCUCCGUCCGUGCCCUCGCUGCCGCUUCCCUCGUCGCCUCGGCCGCCGCCGCCGACUCGUUCUCCAUCCUCGCUCCCGGCGGUCCUGAUGUCUGGUGGGUCGCCCAGUCCGCGAACACCCUCACCUGGGCCUGCCAUACCAACCCGCCCGCGACGGUCUUCCAGCUCUUGAUCAACAACACGAACCAGGACAUCCUCGUCUCGCCUAUGGCCAUUCUGGCGAACCUUAACAACGCGGACUGCUCGCACACCAUCACGACCCAGCAGGCUGCACUCACGCCCUCGACCGGCUACACCCUCGUCUUCGCCGACCAGACCGAUCAGACCAAGAUCUACGCGACGUCGCAGGAGUUCGAGGUCAAGGCACUCGGCGCUACCUACCCCGCUGCGUCCGCCACGCCCACCGAGGGCAGCGCCUCGGCGACUGGCUCGGCUACCGGCACUGCCGGCUCCUCAGCUGCCAGCACCACCGCGUCCACCGCUGCGUCGUCGUCCUCUAACACGUCCGGCGCUAUGGGCCUCACCGCAUCCAUCGGAGGUGUCUUCUUCGCCGCGGCCGCCGCCCUCGGCAUGCUCUAA